AUGCCGGACCGCAUCUGCUAUGCUGCUUGUUCAGAAAGAAGACUCGCCGCAGCUUUUGCUAAAAGGCACGCGUGCUCGUUUCCACUCGCACAAUUUAGCAGUAUCGCUUGCGGGCACUUGAAACACGUCGCUGCAGCAUACACACGUCAUCGCACGUUCCAGCGGCUGCUUCGGCCACGUGUGGGCGCCAUGGUCCUCGGGCGGGCGAUGGGCUCCCAGCUGCGCCAGCUCAUGGCCAAGGAGUGCGUGGCCCUCCCCGGUGCCUACAACGGCCUCGUGGCUCGCCUAGUGGCCAUCCACGGCUUCAAAGGGGCCUACUUCUCCGGCGGUGCCCUCUCGGCCAGCUCAGGAGUUCCAGACAUCGGUCUGACUUCUCUGGACCAGUUCUCUUCCAGGAUUAAAGAGGUGGUUUCCGUCUCGGACCUGCCCUUCAUCGCCGAUGCCGACACUGGAUUUGGCGAGGCUGAGAUGGUACGGAAGACCGUGGAGGAGUACUGCUGGGCGGGAGCUGCUGGACUUCACAUCGAAGACCAGGUCUUUCCCAAGCGAUGUGGCCACCUCGACGGCAAGGCCUUGGUCCCAAUCGAUGUCUUCGUUGAGAAGGUUGAGCGAGCUGCAGAAGCUUCGCAGAGGUGCUCAGAUGGCGAAUUCAUAAUUUGCGCGCGCACGGAUGCGGCUGGGGUGCCGGGUGAAGGCUUGCAGAAAGCCAUCGAGCGUGCCACGGCCUACGUCGCAGCCGGAGCUGACAUGAUCUUUCCUGAAGGUUUGCAAUCAGAGGAGGACUUUCGCAGCUUCGCAGCGGCAAUGAAAUCAUUGAAGGGACCGGCGCCAGACGGAGGCCCCUUCCUGCUGGCCAACAUGACCGAGUUCGGGAAGACUCCCUACCUCACCCUGCAGCAAUUCCAGGGUCUGGGUUAUCACUGCGUGAUCUACCCGGUGAGCACACUGAGGGCUGCCAUGAAAGGCGUUGAUGAAUGCUUGCAAACUCUGAAGGACACCGGCACCCUGGAGUCGUUCCUGCCGCGAAUGCAGACACGCAAAGAGUUGUACGCUUCGAUGUCUUACGCACCUCUCGAAGAAUGGAAAUAUCCGCCUGACACUGAGGGGGGUGGGGUCCCGGAGAUAUGCUCUGCGCAUUUUUGUAUGUAUGGUAUUGGUUGA